AUGUCACUUUUAUUUGGCAUAUUCAAUUCUUGCCCUCAUAUCAAUAACUCUAAACAUUUUCACAAAGAUAUACAGUGUGAUGUUUCUACUCCGUUUGUCAUAUCACAAUAUAGAAGCGCAUGCGUCACUUAUCAACAUAUUUUUGCAAAAACACAAUGUUUCCAGAAUAUCAAACCUAAAAAUGAACAGAAAUCGGAACAUGUACCAACAGAUUUCGUUAAUAACAAGGCCUCUUAUGCAAAUUUAUUAUAUUACAGAUGGCUUGAUGAUAAAUUAAAACGUAUUACCUCUAGACAACUGGGUAUUUCCUAUAAUAGUAAUAUUCAUGCUAGAGAUUCUCUUUUAUCACGAAACUGGGCAAUAGACAUAUGUAUCAAAAAACUUUGUCCAACUUCCAAUACACCUUAAAUCAUAAUUUACGGACGCAAAAACAGCAAAAUAUAUGUUUUAAAUGCACUUGCCGUCGUGUAUU